AUGGAAAAUUUAGAACUAUUAUUAUGUUUGGUUUGUCAAAAACCAUCAAAUGGUAUGCAUUUUGGAGCAGUUACUUGUCGAGCAUGUGCUGCAUUUUUCAGGUAAUGUAAAUUUUCAGACAACUUCAAUAAUUCUAAUUUUCAGACGAACUAUUGUAUUCAAUACCCAAUAUGAAUGUUUGAAAGGAAAUAAUAAUUGUAUUGUUGAUAAUAGAAAAAAAUAUGUAUGUAAAUCAUGUAGAUUUUCAAAAUGUCUAAAAGUUGGAAUGACAUCUGAAAGUAAGUUUUUUUUUCUAAAAUUUCAAGUAUAAAAUUGAAUAUUUGUUUUCACAGAAGUUAAACUAAAUUAUGAUCCAAUUUUAUCAAUGAGAGAAUUAUUUGAUGAUUAUUCAGAAGAUUCAACUACGAGUUCAACACCAAGUUAUUCAAAUUCCGAAAAAGAAGAUGAUGAUUUUGUAUUCAAUUUUGCACCAAAAUCUUCAAACAAAACGAUUGCAAUUAUCGAUUUUUCAGAUGUAACAAAACAAAUCGAAUAUAUAUUUGAUUCUAAUGAAGAAAAAUAUCAUGCUCUAGAUUUUCAAAGAAAUCAAAUAAUAAUUGAAAUUAAUCAAAUGGAAAUAUUUGACAUGAUAAAUCUAUUGAAAAAUGAAAUCAUUCCAAAAUGGACUCGUUGGAUUAAUUCUCAUUCUUUAUUAAAAUCAAUCGAUAAACAACAAAAAUUACAAAUAAUUCGAAAUUCAUGGAAUAUUUUACAUACUUUUGAAAGAUUAUACAAUACAUCCAAGUAUGACGGAUUUUCAAAAUCAAAUGGAAUUUUAGUUUCUGAUGGUUUAUUAUGGAUUUGUGGCAGAAGUUAUUACAAUAUAUCAAGUAUUUCCGAAAUGACAAAUAAAUAUUUUUCAAAGUAAGUUCUGAUUUGUUUCAAAAUCUUCAACUAAAAAGUAUUCAAUUGUAGAUUAUUCGAUCCGUAUCUUCAAAGAUUCAUUGAUGAAAUUGGUAAAAAGUUAUAUGAACUCAAAUUAGCUGAUGAAGAAUUAAAAUUUUGUUUAAUUCAAUUAUUAGGAUAUGACACAACUGAUUUAACAGAUAAAACUAUUGAAAUUAUUGAAGAAUUAAAAGAUCAAGUUGCUAAUGAGAUGCAUUAUUUUUAUUCAAAUGAUUUUAAUUUAACUAAUUAUUCAUGUCGAUUGAUUAGAUUAUUGAAUAUUGUGAAAAAUAUGAAGGUAACACUCAGAAUUCAUAAUGUCAAACUGAAAAUGAAAAAAAUUACAAUUUCAGAAAAUUACAAACGAGAAAAAUAAAAUCAAAGAGUUAUUCUACAUUUUCGAUAUUUUUCAUGCCGACAUUUCAGAUUAUUAUUUUUUUGAUAUUUUUUAA